CGGUUGUGCUCGGCUCACAAAUAUCGGGAUCAUGUUGGUGCUAAUCCUCUUGGCGCUGCUCGCAGCGCAGGCUGAGCUGGUCGACGGCCUGGAGUCGGGCUCGCUGCUGCUGGACUUGACCCAGCUGGCGGCGGGCAAUGCCACGCUAGAGACCACAACCUGUGUGGAGCAGCUGCGAGCGCUUCAUAACGCCUGGCAGCAGGGGCACAGCUGGGCGCUAAAAGCUUUCGAUGCCUCCGGCAGCGGCUACCACAAUUUCAUGCUGGGCAACAGCUUUUGGCUGGGCAAUCGCUGGACCUGUCGCGCCCUCAACGAGCAGCUGCUGCUGGAGUUUACCCAGCGCCAGGAGCAGCUGCUGCGCCAGGGGGCGCCCUUCGCCCACGACUAUCGUGCGGUCUAUCUGCGUGCCAAUUCGCCCUGGCAGCUGGCCCUGGCCGUCAAGGAGCCGCCGCUGCUGCACAUCGGCCUCUGCGUGCCGCGCAGCUGUGAUCCGCCGCAGCUGGAGCAGCUGCUACGCCAGUCGCUGCGGCACUUGGAACGCCUGGAGCUGCGCACCGAGCUGGUGUACACAAAGCUGCCGGAGGCGAGUGGCAACUACUUUGCCCGCCCGGCGUUUCGCUGGCUGCUGCUGCUGCUGGCGGCCAGUCUGCUGCUGCUGCUGCUCGGCCGCAGCCGCUGGGCCGGCACCAGCCGGUUCGUUGCCUGCUUCGAUGUGGCCAACAACUGGCGGCGUCUGUGGCAGCUGCCCGCGGCGGGCCACACGACCGAGAUCGCCGUCAUCAAUGGACUGCGCGUCUGCAGCGCCGGCGUUCUGCUCGGCGUUCAUGUGGUCUGGUAUCAGUUCUUUUCGGUGAAUCAUUCGGCGCAGCUGGCCGCCAAGCUGACCGAGCUCGCUUACCUGACGGCCGCAUUGGAGGUGUUCUUUGUCGUCAGCGGCUUUCUGACCGUCUCCAACUUCCUGCGGAACGAUGCACUGCAGCGCUCCAUUGCGUCGGACACGCUGGGCGGCAAUGUGCGGCGCUUUGGGCGGCAGCUGGCGCAACGGUAUCUGCGUCUGGCACCGCUGCAGCUGCUCGUCAUGCUGCUGUCCGUGCUGAGCUUUGGCUAUCAUCGGGAGAUGUCGGUUUUCCAUCUGAUCGAGCCGUUGGAUGAGCUCUGCGAGCGGCAUUGGUGGCGCAAUUUGCUCUUUGUCCAGAAUCUGUAUCCCAACAAGGAGAUGUGCUGCAAUUGGACCUGGUCCCUGGGCUGUGAUAUGCAGUUCCACAUUAUGGCCAUGCUGCUGCUCUAUAUGCACACGAGAUAUCCACAGCUAGUGCGGCGUCUGGUGCUGAUGCUGCUUUUGGCCAAUGUGCUGUACACGGUGCUGUUGCAGAUCGUGCUCGAUGUGCCCACCACAUUCGAGGCCCUGUACGGCAUCGGCGAUUGGCUGUACACGAAUCCUCUGGUGCGCAUGCUCGCUUACCUCAUCGGCGGUAUUUAUGGCUAUGCGCAUGCGCGCGGCCUGGUCGAACCUUUUGUUGCCCUGUUCCCCAACAAGCUGGCCAAGUGUGCCCUGGCUGGCGUUGUCGUAUGGCUAGCCAGUCGGUUGCAGGUCCUGCAGCUGGCCAGUCCGGCUCUGGUGGGCUGCGGCUACGUGCUGCUGCGUGGAGGCAUAUCCACGGCGACGGCGCAUCUCAUUUGGUGCAGCUUUCGCAUCGAUGGGAGCACGAGAGUUACGCGCUGGCUGGUACAUUUUCUGGAGUUGGAUUGGUUUCAGCGUCUCAAUCGCCUGAGCUAUGCAUUAUAUUUACUGAACCCCCUCAUCAUACUUAACUUGUACUACUCUCUCAGCGAUGCAAUGCCAGCGGAUGUUGGCCUUUUGAUCUACCUAUGCGUGGCACAUUUGGUUAUAGUUUUAGUAUUCUCUGUUCCGUUGACUCUGUUCUUCGAGCUGCCCUUUCAUAGGCUGUCAAAUCUAUUGCUGACAUCUAAAAUUGCAAAUGGUAAAGAAUCUUAAAUAAUAUUUGCUUUGGUUUUUUUUUGCUGUUUGUUAA